AUGACUAAUAUCGAUAUGAUUGGAUGUUUGUUAUUCAACAAUGAGGAUCUAAAGUACUUAUACAAUGAGCUCAGUUCACAAUUCGAUGAUUAUAUAAAAGAUAACCGACUAAAAACAACAACUCUAAAGGGAUGUGCUACAUUUUAUCGAUUAUGUAUGGCUGACGUGAUAUUUACAUUAGUGUUUUGUGGUGGUUAUUGCUUAGUUCCUGUCAUUUUCAUAAUUUAUCAAUUUAAUUAUUAUCCCGAAACAAAGAGAAACAUUCUCUUAUAUCCUGCGGUUUACCCUUGGGAUGUUUCUCCAGAUAGUAUUGCUUAUAAAUUGCAAGUAUCGUUUGAGAGUCUUUGUCUUUUUUCAAGCUUUUGUGUCAACGCAGCAGUUGAUUCUCUCUACUCAUUUUAUGUCUUUCAAAUAACGGGAUUAAUUCGCGAGAUUUCAUUCACUAUAUCGAAUAUUGAUCCGAAUGAUAAGUUCGUUAGAACGAUACGUCAGUGCAUCAGUAAAUUUGAUAAGAUGAUUAAAUGCCGGAAUAAGGUCGAAAGAAUUUAUGGACCAAUUAUUAUAUGGCUCAUGGUAUCUAAUGCUGCUGUGCUUUGUACAACGAUUUUUCAACUGACACAUAUCAAAUCGUUAUCAAUAGGGCGAUUAAUUGUAGUAUUUGCUUAUGUUAAUUUAAAAUUGUCACAAACAUUUUUAUAUGGCUGGGCUGGAACUCAAGUAACAAAUGAGAGUGAAAAUUUAAGAGAAGCAACAUACUCAUGUAACUGGAUUGGAACUCCUAAAUUAUCUUCAGCUAUUUGUCUUAUGUUAGUACAGAAACCACUAAAAUUGAUGGCGUUGAAUUUUUUUGUUGUUUCAGUAGACAUGUUUGCAAAGAUUGUUAAUACUACUGUCUCUUACUACUUUUUGUUGAAAACCUUCGAGUAA